AACAGGUAGGUAGAAUAGCCUUUUCCCCUAUCAUCCAGAUCCAGAUCCAGAUCUAGCUCCCCACAACGAUGGCAGAUCUCGCCACGAUGGUGCCGGACUACGUGCUCGCGGGCGUCCUCCGCCUCCUCGCACCUCGCGGCCUUGCCGCUUCCCGCUGCGUCUGCAAGGCAUAGCGCCGCGUCAUCGACGACCGCAGACUGCUGCGGUCGGACCUCCUCCCGCGCUCGCUUGGUGGCAUCUUCCUCAACUACCUGGACCUAUGGUUCACGCAGUUGCUCUCCCGCCCCACGACGGGCACCGCAAUCUCUGGCCGGCUGGACUACACGGUGCCCGGCGAGCCUGACCUCAUGCCCCCCAUCCACGUCCGAGAUCACUGCAAUGGCCUUCUCUUGCUCCACCACUGCGUGGUCAACCCUGCCACACAGCAGUGGGCGCCCCUGCCACCUGCCCCGGACCUGCCACAACCCCCACCUCCGGGCAUGAUCUCCUUUGCGCGCGAGCACCUCGUGUUUGACCCCACUCUGUCGCCCAACUAUUUUGAAGUGCUCAUAGUGCCCGAUGUCCCUUCCAAGAACAACGACGACUGUGAGGAGGAAGCUGAAUGGCCGCCAUCCACAUUGAUCCUACCUAUGUUUUCAUCAAAGUCUGAAUCUUGGGAGGAAGGACAUUUGGUCGGGAAGGGGCGGCUGCAGGGACGUUGCCUGGCAUGGAUGGGUCACUGCGAAUUUUUUUCAAACAUCAGUCUGCCUACUGGCGAGGAGCACUCUAUAUAUGUUGCUCUGAUUGGUUUGUUAUGAGAAUAUCACUGUCAAACAGUACGUUCCGAGCAAUUGAAUUGCCCACAGAAGAUGCAGAAUUUUAUCUAGGAAAAUCAGUCAAUGGGAUAUACUGUGCAUCGUUAUUUCAGGGGUUCCAUCUUCAGGUUUGGUUCCUAAACGACCCAUGUCUUCAUGGUCAGACAGAGUGGGUGUUGAAGCAUGACAGAGAUAUCUUCUCCAUCCUUCCAAAUCUGAACUACGACAAACAACGUGACGGACCUUGGAUCUUACAAGAAUUUCGCUAUUGGGCAAAUAAAGAUGCUGCUGAUGAUUCUCCCAUUGUGUACAACAGCGAAGCAACAGUGGAACAGAAAUUUGUGUGGGAUUGUGACAAUGAUAAUGUUCUCAAACCUGGUGGUAGGAUCAACGAUUGUUGUAUCAUUUUCCUUGGAUUUCAUCCUUACAAAGAGGUUGUCUUCUUGAGUGAUAAAUUCGACAGAGUGCUUGCCUAUAACUGGAGUAGCUCAAAGCUUCAAGAUUUGGGCAAGGUUUUCUCGAAAUUCUAUACUGACCCAGAAUCCGAUUUCUACCAUCGAUAUGUACAAGAGUCUUUCCCAUACACCCCCUGCUGGUUGGGAGAACUCCCUGAAAAAGUAAAUUUAGAAGCUCACUAGAAGAUUGGAACAUGUUUUCUUGCAA